GGAUUUCUGCGGAAGUGACAAGGCAGGUCAGGGCAAAAUCAGGUUGGACCCAGCUUGUCCCCACAGAGACGUGUGCUUCCCUCUGUCUUUGAGAGCGACUUGUUAACCACGAAUACUUGGAAGGUCUGGCCCAUGGAGAACAAUCCCUCAAGACGAAGAGAGUCCAUCUCUCUCACACCUGUGGCCCAGGGGCUGGAGAACAUGGGAGCUGAGUUCUUGGAAAGCCUGGAGGAAGGCCAGCUCCCUAGAAGCAACUCGGAGAUGAGAGGCAGCCGGAGUGAGGCGGGGCCGCAGACCUUCUCCAGAUGGAGGAAGCUGCAGCCUGCCCUGAGAGCCCGAAGCUUCUGCAGGGAGCACACGCAGCUGUUUCGAUGGAUCGGCACAGGCCUGCUCUGCACAGGGUUCGCCGGCUUCCUGCUGGUGGCCUGCCUCCUGGAUUUCCAGCGGGCCCUGGCUCUGUUUGUCCUCACCUGUGUGGUUCUCGUCUUCCUGGGCCACCGCCUGCUGAAACGGCUUCUGGGGCCAAAGCUGAGGAGGUUUCUCAAGCCUCAGGGCCAUCCCCGCCUGAGGCUCUGGUUUAAGAGGGCCCUAGCACUUGCUGCUUUCCUGGGCCUGGUCCUGUGGCUGUCUCUGGACACCUCCCGGCGGCCGGAGCAGCUGGUGUCCUUUGCAGGAAUCUGCGUGUUCAUCGUCCUCCUCUUUGCCUGCUCAAAGCAUCACUGCGCAGUGUCCUGGCGGGCCGUGUCUUGGGGACUUGGACUGCAGUUUGUACUCGGACUCCUCGUCAUCAGAACAGAACCAGGAUUCAUUGCAUUCCAGUGGCUGGGCGAGCAGAUCCGGAUCUUCCUGAGCUACACGGAGGCCGGCUCCAGCUUCGUGUUUGGGGAGGCCCUGGUCAAGGAUGUCUUUGCCUUUCAGGUUCUGCCCAUCAUCAUCUUCUUCAGCUGUGUCAUAUCAGUUCUCUACCAUGUGGGCCUCAUGCAGUGGGUGAUCCUGAAGAUUGCCUGGCUAAUGCAAGUCACCAUGGGCACCACAGCCACUGAGACCCUGAGUGUGGCUGGAAACAUCUUUGUGAGCCAGACCGAGGCUCCGUUACUGAUCCGACCCUACUUGGCAGACAUGACACUCUCUGAAGUCCACGUUGUCAUGACCGGAGGCUACGCCACCAUUGCGGGCAGCCUGCUGGGCGCCUACAUCUCCUUUGGGAUCGACGCCACCUCGCUGAUCGCAGCCUCCGUGAUGGCUGCCCCUUGUGCCUUGGCCCUCUCCAAGCUGGUCUACCCGGAGGUGGAGGAGUCCAAGUUUGGGAGGGAGGAAGUGAAACUGACCUACGGAGAUGCUCAGAACCUCAUAGAAGCAGCCAGCACCGGGGCCGCCAUCUCCGUGAAGGUGGUUGCCAACAUUGCUGCCAAUCUGAUUGCGUUCCUGGCCGUGCUGGCCUUCAUCAAUGCUGCCCUCUCCUGGCUGGGAGACAUGGUGGACAUCCAGGGGCUCAGCUUCCAGCUCAUCUGCUCCUACAUCCUGCGGCCUGUAGCCUUCUUGAUGGGUGUGGCCUGGGAGGACUGCCCAGUGGUAGCUGAGCUGCUGGGGAUCAAGCUGUUUCUGAAUGAGUUCGUGGCCUAUCAAGAACUCUCCAAGUACAAGCAACGCCGCCUGGCAGGAGUUGAGGAGUGGGUCGGCGCCAGGAAGCAGUGGAUCUCCGUCAGAGCUGAAGUCCUGACGACAUUUGCCCUCUGUGGAUUUGCCAAUUUCAGCUCUAUUGGGAUCAUGCUGGGAGGCUUGACCUCCAUGGUCCCCCAACGGAAGAGCGACUUCUCCCAGAUUGUGCUCCGGGCGCUCUUGACGGGGGCCUGUGUGUCCCUGGUGAAUGCCUGCGUGGCAGGCAUCCUCUACGUGCCCAGGGGGGCUGAAGUCAACUGCAUGUCCCUCCUGAACACGACCCUCAGCAGCAGUAGCUUUGAGGUAUAUCAGUGCUGCCGCGAUGCCUUCCAGAGCAUCAACCCAGAGUUCAGCCCAGAGGCCCUAGAGAACUGCUGCCGGUUUUACAACCACACGAUCUGUGCGUAGCGCGGACAGAACCUGUUUGUUCUUCUGACCUUCCCUUUCCCAGGGCCCUCCUCAGGGAAGCCACGAGACUCGGCCCCAGCUCAGUCCCACAACUGGGAAGGGGGUCAUGGAGUGAGCGUGCAGAGAGUGAGUGGGGACAUCAGAAAGGACAUGUCCUACUGCACCUCCUUCCUCCUCCCCCAUUUUCAACCUCCCCCAGUGCGAAUUCUCGGGGUCACCUCUGCCUCCUCCCCCUUCCCUUCCACAUCGAAGCAGCACCCUGGUCCUCUCUUUCCCCCUCUCCUGGGGUCCCUCACAUGCCCCUUCCUUUCUGUUGUGGGUGCACACCAAAGCCUCCUCCCCUCCCCACCUGGGCACCAGGGUCUAUCUGUGGCUUCCCCUGCCAGGUGGUGUGGCCCCUUUCUCUGCUUUCAGAGACUCCCUUCCCACCUUCCCUCAGAGCGCUUCCCCAGCUGAGGUCCCAUGGCACACUCCCGGGACGCGUUUAGAGAGUUCCGUGAUCCACUAGAUUUGGAAACACUGGGUCAAAUAAAGAGCGGGCUAU